CGUUGUUUAGGUAGUUUAGAGUUUUUAUCGAACCAAUAGACGACGAUCGUGCAAUGAUGGAAGGUGGUGAUAUUUUUAUACAGGAUUUCAUAAACGAUCUUCAAGAGUCGCCGGAAAGUCAAGUGCAGAAAUGUUUUAGAGGGUCAAACAUUUUCAUAACAGGCGGCACCGGAUUUGUCGGCAAAGUAGUAAUCGAGAAACUGUUGAGAUCUUGCCGUGAAUUGAAUAUGAUUUAUGUUGUUGCUCGGCCUUUAAACGGACAAACCCCUCACGAAAGAGUCAAAGAAAUGUUUACCAGUCCGCUGUUUGACCGGAUGAAAAUAGAAAAUCCUGGCUACGUCAAUCACGUGCAGGUGAUUUGCGGCGACUGCGCAAGUCCAAACAUAGGAAUCGCUGAAGAGGACUUAAGACAACUGAGUAGCAAAAUAAAUGUCGUUAUCCAUCUGGCGUCGAUAGCUGCCAACAGCAAUUGCACUCUGCGCUCUGCCAUUUACACGAACGUCCGGGCCACUAUCGAUCUUGUCGUUUUGGCUAAACGUUUUCCAAACCUCAAGGCUUUCAUACAUAUUUCGUCGGUGUUCGCUCAUCACGGCAUCUCAGAAGUUCACGAACAGUUCUACAGUUUCCCCAUGCCCGUCAGCACACUGGUACACAUGGCCGAAACGAUACCCGAUCACGUUCUUAACCGUUUGUCCACUGGACUGUUGUCCGAAUGGCCAGACGUGGUGACUUACACCAAAGCCGUAUCUGAACAAGUCAUACGUUCGGCCGGUCAUGAUUUUCCGGCUUGUAUCAUUCGACCAGGAUUCGUGUUGGGCACCGCUAACGAACCGAUAGCCGGUUGGACGAAUCAUCUGAAUAACUUGACAGGUUGCGCUUUAGGAUCCGGGCUGGGCUUGGUUCGGAUUUUCCACGGACCCAACGUCAAUGCCGAUAUCGUGCCCGUCGACAUGCUAGUGAAUCUGAUUUUAGCCGCUUGCUGGGAUAUUGUGGGCACCAUGUCCGACGUUGUCAACCAGGAAGUUCCCAGAGACAACAAGGAAAUGAUCAUCUACAACUAUGUGUCGUCCAACUACAAGUGUUGCACGUGGAAGCAGUUGGGUGAAAAGUUUUUCAAAAGCGAAAAAAGAGUGUCGUCGCCAAAUAAUUACUGCAGCUUGCCAUUAUAUUUUGUCACCGGCAAUACACUGUUGUAUUGGGUCAUUUCGUUAUUUUUACACACCAUACCGGGUAACGUGGUCGACACGUACCUUUGGGUGCUCGGCAAAGAGCCCAGGUUAAACGAAUUUUACAAGCGAGUACACGUGUCCGCCAAACAUUUGAACGCCUAUCAGCAAAUGCGUUUAAAGUGUUACAAUCAAAACGUCUUUCGGCUGAUGAACAAGUUGUCGGCCAGAGAUAAAAUCUUGUUUUGUUUUGACAUUAACACGUUGUCUUGGCACGAUUACUUCGAUAGGUACGUCCGCGGUCUACAAGUGUACUUGAUGGGAAAUCGUUUACAUAGGACUGCCUCGAACAGAACAAUUAAGAGACUGAUUACUAUACACUACAAUUUCAUUAUUUUCAUUUUUUCCAUCACAAUAUUAUAUUUUAUGACUGAAAUGACAGCCAUGAUUGAUAAAUCUCAAAGUGAAAUUCAACAAUUUUUUGCCGGUGCGAAUGUGUUCAUUACUGGAUCAACAGGGUUCGUUGGAAGUGUAUUGCUUGAAAAAAUACUCAGAGCGUGCUCGGUGAAACACGUAUAUUUAUUAGUCAGACAGAAAAAAGGGAAAAAUGCCAAUACCAGAUUAAACGAAAUGUUUAGCAUGCCGCUGUACAACAGACUGCGGAGUGAGCAGCCAGAAUUCAUCGAUAAAGUUUCGUUGAUAAACGGAGAUUGCGAAGAACCAAAUUUAGGUUUAUCGCCAAUCGACGAAGAAUACAUAAUUCGCAAUAUGCACAUAAUAAUCCAUUGCGCGGCCACGAUUAAUCUCAACGGAUCGCUCAAACGAACCACGUUCAUCAAUGUCAGAUCCACUAGGGAUUUAUUAUUGAUCGCUCGUCGAAUAUCCCAGUUAAAAUCCUUUGUUUACGUUUCGACCGCGUUCGUCAAUCCCAAUCAAGAAAUUUGCAAAGAGAUUAUUUAUGACUGUCACAUAUCAGGAGAUACAUUAAUCAAAAUGGCUGAGACGCUGCCAGAGUCGUUGAUGGAUUCCAUAACAAACGAGUGCUUAGGGACAUGGCCAAAUACGUAUACAUUGUCAAAAUGUGUAGCGGAAAAUCUAGUUAAGCAGUACGGUGAAAACAUGCCGAUAUGUAUAGCCAGACCAUCAAUCGUCGUGUUCACCAAAGAUGAACCGAUGGCCGGUUGGUUUACAUCGAUGAAAAGCGUUCCUGGCCUGUGCUUAGGAGUGGGGUUAGGUGUAGUUCGUGUAGUGUUAUUAGAUAACAAAGUUAUUGCCCCGAUCGUACCAGCCGACAAAGUGGCAAACUUCAUCAUCACUUCUGCUUGGCACGCUUCUAAAAGACGUCAAAACUCACUUAUUUCCGUGUUCACCUUUGUGCCGAAUAACACACAAAACCCAUUAACCUACGCUCAAUGUUUGGAAAAUAUCUUAAACGCUGAACUAAAAAAUAAGAUACAUUCUGAAAAACAAGUAUGGUAUCCAAAUAUCACAUUGACCAAAUCCGAAACGCUUUACAAAUUUUUGUUUUUUUGUUACCAUUACAUACCAGCUUUUUUUGUUGACAUAAUCCUGCGGAUCAGUGGAAAGGAGUUUAGGGUAGUGCCACUUUGCACCAAACUUUACACGAUGACCAAAGAAAUGCAGUACUUUUCUACUGGACAUUUUGCUUUUGACGAUCAAAAUUUGAAAACUUUAAUUAAAAAUCAAAGCGCAAAAGACAAAAUACUAUUCGAUAUGGACAUAACAUUAAUUAACUGGGAUACUUAUUUACUGGAAGCUGUCUAUGGAGUUAGGAGAAGCGUCUUGAACGAACUCGAUUCAACCAUUCCCGCAGCCGUAAAAAGACACCAAAAAAUUAUGAUUGCUUACUACGUAGUAAACGGAAUGAUUUAUACGAUUUUAUUUUAUAUCGCUUAUUUUAUAUUAAAAUAUGUAUUGAAAUGUAUUUUUUAAGGAAAAGAAAUGUGUUAUAAUAUUUGUUAUAUUAGUGUUUAAUUACAAUAAAAUACCAUACCUAUCUA